GAUGCAAGUGGUAACUGAAGAAGAAGAGGCGGAGUUACUCUCCUUGUGUCCAGGCUUUGCCAGACAGCUGCUCGGGGUGAAGGUGGUCUCGAAUUACCCGAGGCCGCUCCACCUCGACAGCUUCCCGAAGUCGGGAGCCCAUCUUCUCCAGACGAUCCAUCACGAGACAGGACGCGUCACGGAUACUUACGCGGAAAGCAAAGCAAAGGUACUAAAUUAGUAUGUUUUUGCUUUUAACUUCUCCUUUAUUCAGUCUUUUAGCUUCUUAGUCAGCUACUGUCUCACGUUCACUCAUAAGGUCUUGCUUCUAAAUCACCUUAGUCGCAUGUAUUAGCUUUACUACAGAACAAUCUAAAAACGGUUCAACAUCAACUCUUUUUCUUAUAUUAACCCUUAAAACAACAGCUUCAAGAAGAAAUGGACAUGCUGGAGAGUGCGUCUGACGAGCGCAUUCUUCGACGCUGGUGGAUGUGGGUACAGAGCCAAACGAGUGACAUCGCUGUUCUCAAAACUCUCUGGGAUGAGUAUACCGCCAAGUACCCCCGUGGUGAAGUGAUGCAGCAGAUCUCCUUCACAGGCACGUCGCCAGGCCAAACCCAGGACCAAAACCCUACUGGGGGACAGAUUCGAUCAUCCUGGCUGAGCAACAACGACGAGCGCCGUACUCUAUCAUCUUCAUAUACUUUGAUCUCGUUUGAGCUUGUGUUUGUAGUCAUUGGGUGCUAGUCUUUUUUAGCGAUUCUUGGCUUAUCUAUCAGAGUACACCCGAGAAGGCAUGUUCUAUCAUCCCCCAUGACUCGUCAUCUAUUCUUCAAUCCACACACAGUUUUUAUGCCGAGCACCACUGCAGAUUCUCAGCGUGAGAGCUUGGCGUCUUCAGGCGCAUCCAGACGCUCCAGCUCCGCUAUGCCACCACGUGCCCCUUCUUAUACUCCUCUGCAGACUACGAUCUUGGCCAACCGCGGGGCCGUCUCUGCCCUUCGUGGACAGCAGCUCAACUUCGAGGCCAUGAGUGAGCCACAGCAGAACGCUAAUCAACAGGGAACAGCGCAAGUCGGAGGGGGUUCUUUCUCAUCUUCAUCAACGAGUGCGGGUAGCUUCGCUGGGCCUCAAGGUGCUGCUCGUUCGCAGAGCGUUUUCGCGCCGGUGAUGACUCCGCGAGGUGAGGGCAUUGACCCAUCAUCAGCUGCGAGUCUACUCAUUAAUGGCCUUUCUUCCGCAAACCGCAGAGAAGUCUUUAACCAGCUGCUCGAGUUGUUGGCGCCGAAGAGUGGUACUACAUACAGUGUAGCUAGUAGAUGUCUGUAUGCGCUGUGCUUGAUCUAAAUACACAAGGUCCAGCUUGAAAAUGAUGCUUCUAAACUAUCUUCUACUAAUCUAAAAACCUCAAACUCAACGCAGAUGCUCAACUGCGAGCGGAAGAAGAGCAACAACAGGCCAUGAGAGAGCAGGAAACGCGGCGAUUGAUCCGCCAGGUGACCUCCGGCAUGUGCCCGCCAUUACCUGGAAAUGGACUACCUGGCCAUGGACCUCCUCGUGAAGAAGACCCUGCUCCGAGUGCUGCCCCGGCAUCGAAUGCAGCUCCUGCUCCUGGAUCAUUGCGCCGUACUUGUUUAUUUAGAUUAUUUAGAUUUUUUAGAAACCAAUCACUCUCAUCAUCACUUGAUCCAACUUUCAUCUUUACCUUUCCAAAAACAGGCACCCGUCAGCCAGAGGAUGGCCAAGGCCUCUCACCACCACAACGGAUGCGACGCUCUACAAACGGCCAGCGAAGCGCUAUCUCGGCAGGUCGAGGCCAAUCCCAGCGCGUGACGUUCGAGUCCUCGGCUCCCAGUGGUCCAACUGGUGAUGUAGAGAUGACGUCACCGCUGCGUGAUCGCACAGAGCAGAACCAUGAUCCACUAGGGCCUGUUCGUUUGGGAACUCCAGGUCGUACCCCGACAGUGGUUGUCGAUUUGGUCACACCGGCACGUACGAAUGCGCGUACCCCAGGCAGACUCGUGACCGACACCACUGAGGAGGAGGACUUCAUGCUGCCGCCGCCACGAGUUGCGCAACAGGUCACUCGUACUGGCCAGGAGGCGGAACCCGUCGGCGUGAAUCAACCAUCUGCUGACGCGGCUGCUCCACAGCCCACCGGCAACGGCGAGACCACGCACAACAUCUCCUUGAAGAGAGACUCGGCCGAGUCUUGGGAGCAGACUGCAGAAG